UCAGUAGUUUCACCGAAGUGUCCACACUGAUCCAUACGGUCUGAUCUGCAUCUGACUCCAUCACCGUCUGCGGAUCAGACGCGAGCUGAGAGGAGGGAGGAGUCAGCCUGCCCAUCAGAGCUGUCAACACCCGCACAGCUGCAGCUCAUCGGCGCGCAGGAUCAUAAACCCACCGCACCUGACGUGAAGAGAGGAGGAAAAACUUCUGCAGACCUCGCCUCAGCGUCGGUUCAAGCUCGACCGAGAUGCUUUGAUUCCGCUUUAUUUUCUUAUCCUCAAGAUGACUACGCAUUAAGUUCAUGUCUAUUUAAAAAAAAAAGAAAAAGUUUUUGACCAUGGAUGAGGACUGUUUUGGCUGCCAGGUCUGCCUCACCACCUUUAAAAACAUAUCUCAAUUCAUGAAACAUGUGCACUCGGGGCCGCAUCAAAAGAAAAUGACAGAAGUCUUCCAGAAAGAUAACUUCAAGGAUCAUGGCAUCGUUCCCCGCAUUGUUGUGAUGGAGCUGUUAGCCAAACGGCACACUCAACCCAUAGUAGGUUUGUCUCUGCUGACUUUCUGUUUCAGUACAGACACAGACAUCUUUUUUUACCUGUGUCAUCUCUGUGAGGAAAAAUGUCCCUCAGACAAGCUCAAACACCACCUCAAUUCUAGCGAACAUUGCAGCAACUAUUUUAACUACACGAACCCCAAUGCGCUGACUUUCUCCUGGAUCCCCACCAUGUACCCGAGCUUUACUCUGUGGCAUGAGCUCCAGAAGGAAGUAAAGCAAAUCGGGCCCGGGCGACUACAGAUAUUGGAUUUACCUAAAAACCUGCUGGAACAGUUAAAACGAAGUACCUACUCUGAAGUGAUGCGCACUCUCGGUGAAAAUGAAAAUCUCCUGAAGCUAAUGGAAGCUGUGAAGCCCAGGAGGACGAUGAUACAAACGUACCAAAAAGACAGCAGAAGGAAGCAUCCACUUCUGGGCAUGCAGCACGUGGUUGAAUGCAUCUGCGUGGGACCAGCUGAAAAGAGAUACUACCUCUGCACACUCUGCAAACUGACUUUUGCCACCCACACGAUCAUCAAGCAUGUCCUGAGCUUUGACCACAUCUUUUGUUACUUUAGAGCCUGGCACCCCUCAACUUUGAUGUCAAAAGAAUGCUACAAGGAUUGGGACAAGUCCUUACGCUCCAUGAUGCUUGGUUUUGCAAAGCAGACAGAGGAAAUCCAUGGCACUGCAAACACUGAUAUGAAGCAAGUGAGGCUGGAGCCUGAGAAAUUCAGAUCGGUGAAUUUCACUUGUUAUGCAGAAGCUUUAAAGGAACUGGAGUCAAUCACAAAGGAAAAGAAGGAGAGCAGCUUGAUUGUAAGCAUCAUACCAGGAAAAAAGCUGGAGCGUCGUACCCUGUCAGCAGGGUCUGCAGCAGGGACUACAUCAGGGACUGAAGCAAGGACUACAUCAGUGUCUGCAUCAGUGUCUGCAGCAGCGACUACAUCAGUGUCUGCAGCAGGGACUACAUCAGUGUCUGCAUCAGUGUCUGCAGCAGGGACUACAUCAGUGUCUGCAGCAGGGACUACAUCAGUGUCUGCAUCAGUGUCUGCACCAGGGACUGAAGCAAGGACUAUAUCUGGGCCUUCAGCAAGGACUACAUCAGGGUCUGCAUCUGUGUCAGGGCCUGCAGGAAGGUGCACUGCAGCAGGGUCUGUGGCAAUGUCUGCAGCAUUAUCAUACAAAAUACGUUGUCAGGACUGCAAUGAGACCUUUGCCUCUAUAUUAGCAUAUUAUCAACAUGUGUCAGAGGGGAGCCACAAAAAGAUGGUGGAUAAAUACUUUGCCAGAGAUGAGAAAGCUGAACGUUAUGAGCGAAAUGAAAAGACACUCAGUUUGGGCUUGGACACGUACAUCAAAGAGGGCUUGAAGAAAAAUGAGCCAGUUAUUGGUGUGCCCAUGGUUGUGGCCUGUCUCAGCACUCAGGGUCAGCUCGAUCCUAUUUAUGUGUGCUUUGCUUGUGAGGACUGUUUCCCCGAGUCAUCUCUCAAACUCCACUUGGAGUCCACAAAACAUCUCAUAUACACACUGCUGUACCAGAAUCCCUGGCGGCUCCCUUUUGCCUGGGAAAAACAUCUGGACGUGAAGGUCAUGCAGGAAGCGGCAUGGGAAGAGGAGAAGCAAAGAGGACCAAAUCAGAUGAUGCUGAAGAUACUUGAUAUGCCAUUCAGCAUGUUUUGGAGCCUUCAGACUAAUUACCAUAAAGUGAUGGAGAGCCUUCAACUACACCACUCUCUCUUAAAGCGUGAAGUUCCACGGCGCGAAACAUUCAGCAAACUCGAACAAAACGAGAGAUUUCCUCUGCUUGGUGAAAAGUUCCGGGUCAUGCACGAUGUGUGUGUCAAACGGCAUCCGUCCACACCAGAUACAGAAGUGGCAUUUCUGUGCUUGCUCUGUGAGAGGAGGCUGUCAGACCAGGAAUGUUAUGGACACACGUUCAGUCGGGAACAUGUUUCAACGUUUCUAGACCGUUUCCACCCAGGCUCGCUGACUCCAAGCACUGAUGCAAAGACUUUAUUGGACUUGGCCAAACAGGCAGCACGGAUUCACUGUGUCUCACAGUUACAGGUAAUAAAAUUGGACAGGCCCAUCUGGGAGCCCUGCACCUACGAGAAAGCUGUAUCCAUCUUGGGGUCUGCAAAGAGGAGAAUUGGGAAUGGAAAGCUUGCACCACCAAUAAAACCUCACAAGAAGCUGUUCCCCAGAAAAGUUUUCAAAGGCCAUGUGAGAGACAACAGUAAGGAAAACCGCCAGAUGAUGCAGGGAUCUGUGAAACAGACAAGUCAGAACCCCACAAACAACAGCGAGAUAUCCAGCACACAUGGUGUAGGAAGUGGAAAAAAUGCAGGAAAGGGAGACCACAAGACGCCUUCUUCACCAAAUAGAAAAGAAUCAGAGAGGGGAACAGAGGUGUUUUCAAAAACUGGUUCAGAGGAAACGAAGAAUGCAGGUAGGAAGACGAACAUGGUGGUAAAGGAGGAGAAGACGGAGCCUGUAGUGAUAAAGGAGGAGAAGAUGGAAGAUCCUUUAGUGAUAAAGGAGGAGAGGAUAGAGGAGCCUAUAGUGAGGAAAUCAAGUAUAGAGCCCGAAGAAAGCUGCCAGAACACAGACAAAGCGAGUGGAACAGACUCUGGAGAAGAAAAGAGCAAAAGUAGCAAAGAUGUCCUGAUACAGGUGAAGAAUGAAGGUGAAAGGAAGAGGCCAAGCAGCAUGUUUGAAAAAUCACAGGAUGAUACAUGUUCUGAUAAGGAUGUGGAGAAAGAAAUUGGCCAUAAAAGGCAGCGUCUCAACUCCAAACAAGACGCAUCUUGCAAGGAACCCCAAAACCUGCCAAGUGUGACCAUGGCAGAUAAGCGAAAGAGUGGGAAAACAAGUCCAGAUAAUGCAAAGGAUGAUGUGCCUUCUGCCGUGAGCCCCCAACAAGCAGCCAAACUGUGGCAGUAUGUCAGGAUGAAGGACAGAGAGCCUGUGAUUGGCUUGGAUGUACUUAUUGAAUGCCAUUGUAAUGAGCAUGAACCGAUCUACAUUUGUGGGUGCUGCUCUCUGAAGAUCCUAGAGAGGGACAUCAUCUGCCAUGUUACUGGAGCUGACCACCAGAAGAUGUUUCUGAUUGGGUCAAAGGAGUUCUCACCUGCGGCAGUUAAGCACUUGGGGAAGGACAUAAGAUGCGCUGCUGCUUUGUGUGAACAGGAUAACGGAUAUGGAGCGGCUGAGGUGGUUGAUCUGGAUGAAGAGACUUAUGAUAAAAUCUCAAGACAAAACUUUAACUCAGCCGUGAAGACACUGAUGUCAGUUCAGUCUCAGCAUUUCAGCUGGCCUGAAUUCACUUCUGUCUCAGCUGCCCUUCCUGUGCAGCCUGAGGUCCAAUCUGACAGAGAUGACUACCAGGUGAUGGCCAUGGAGAUCGAUGAUGAUUCAGAAGACUCUGUGGCAAAGCCGCCCUCAGUAACUGCAGCUGUGGUUCCAAUGACUGGAACCUCCUCCAAACCACCUCAAGCCACCCCUAAAUCAAAAGAGGGUGGCGAAGUGAACCAGAUUAAAGUGUCUGAGUCAACUGUCAGUGCUGUCACCGCUGAAUCCACAUCGACCAUCUCCAAAUGUCCAGCCAGGUCCACCAGUUCUACGUCAGACACCACCAAAUCGAGAGCACCCAACUCCAGUCUUGGAGCCACCGCCUCCAGUUGUACCACAACCAGCCCCACCACCUCCACAUCUAGAAAAGCUGCCUCCAAAUGUGCCACUUCAACCCACACCCAACAGACUGCACCCAAACCCAAUUCCUGUUCAACCGCCAAAGUUGAAAUCGCCUCUAAAGGAUCUGAAACUGCAUCCCAAAAUCCAGCUGUGGCGCAGUCCACGGUGACACAUGAAAAUACUGGAGCCUCUGCAAAGACUGCACCGAGGAGGAAUUCACUGGGGCCGAAUGCUGACGUUGCACCAAAGAGUAACGCGCCUGUAUCUCCGCACCCGACUGCGCUCAUGUCUGUUAGGUCCAACAGCAAGAAUCAACACACAGAGCCAUCACAUACCUCCAAGUCUGUCACGUCUGAAAACAGGAGUCCAGCCGUAGAGCCAGCACAUCACUCUGCAAGUAAAACAAAGCCAGGUGAACAUCUUCCUAAAGUUGGUUUGAACCAGAUGAUAAGAGUGACAUCUGAAGGAAAGCAGCAAGUCUACUGUCAGUUGUGCUCUGUUAAGUUGCGCUUUUCCGGGUCCGUUCACUUUGCCAGCCACAACCACCAAUUUAACUAUUUGAAAAUGAAGUCCCCUGAGUGGACCAGCAAGCCAGGGGAGUUGUUGAGUAAUUUCAACAAGAUAGUGGCCCGCUUGGAUGAAGAGGAGAGGGAAUUGGGAUCCCAGGGCAUGCAGAAGAUUGAAGUGAAGAUUGAUGAGUACAACAAGCUGGCCGCUCUUCCAGAUAAAGAAGCUCUAGACAGACUGGAAGCAAUGUUGAGGAAAAGAGAAUCGGAAGCAUCAACCAACGCUGCAGAGGUGUUGAGACUGCAAGACGCCUCCCCCAGUCAGUGUGAAGUUUCAAGUCCAGGCGAUGAAACCGAGGAUAGAAAGCUUGCUGCGGGUGAGGCAGACGGAACCCAGAACUUGAAGAUCUCGGAGACAGAAGCUGAUGACCGGAUUUCAGACCCACCUCCCACCUCUCAUGAAAAGAAGCAACCAGAUCUACCAAAUCUCAUCACUACUCCUAGCGUUCCAAGCGCAGAAGUAGCAGUCUAUAUUAAACAGGAGGCAGUGGAGGCGGUUGAUUUCACCACUGCUACUGAGAGUCCAGCAGUCAAAAUGGAGACACCUCAGAGUACUGUGGAUCCUCCUGCGACUGACUCAGAGUCAGGUGGAUUUGCCCAAAUCCCUGACCUAGGCCGAGAGAGAAGUGACCCAGAAUUACAGGACGCUCAGAAGACAUCACCUGCAAAUUUCUCUGAAACAGACCUGCACCAUUCUGCUGCUUCAGUGAAUACGGAACAGCAGAACCAACCCAGAGCCAGCGAGAAUACAGAUGAUGCACCAAAACGCUCGGGAUGCAGCCCAGAACCCAGGCACCACGGUGCAUCGCAGGCACUCACAAGGAUCUUGAAAGGGGAAAGAAUUCAGGGCACCAGUCAUUUGUCCACAUACUUGACAGUGGAGGGAAUGAAAAAAUCAGAAAUCAUAGGUCUGGACUCCGUGUGGGAGUGUCGAGGGAUUUCUCGGUCUCCAUUCUUCUUGUGCGAGAGCUGCAGGUUGCGGCUCUCCCACAACAGCAUCUGUCGACACAUGGUCAGCCGAAUGCACCAGGACAACCACGCUCAAAGAAAGUACCCUCAGCACACGGAGUUUCGGUUGAAUGAUGACCUGACUGAAGACUGUAAACUGGUAAUUAUGAAGGGGGUCAUCGCAAUGAUCUCAAUACAGGAGCGUUUCAAAAAGAUGGAUGCGCGGGUUAUACUGCUGAGACAGGACUUGUAUGAACAGGUUCUGGCCGCUCCAUUCAAUGAAGCUUUAAAAAUGGUGCAAGACAUCGAGAGAGAGCUGAACCAGAGCGCCCUCCGUCCAUCCAUCAACAUCCUGCAACAAAACGACCAGCAGCCUGAGGCGUGGCAGAGUCGAAAGGAGUCCCUUUCCACCGAGACGCAACCAACAUCAUCACAUGAGACGGACCACAGAUGUGACAGUGAAAAAGAAAGACAAAAACGUAAUUUUGAAGAGACUGCUGUGGCGGGAGAUUUGCAUGGUGUCAAACUACGAAAAGGCUCGAGUCAUGUGGAUGUCACCACUGUCUCCUCAAAGGCUGAUUCUGUCGUUUCUCCACCUCCUGGUGCUGGCACAUGUCAUAGUUUACAAGAGACCAGCAGUAGCUCUUGCGUGCAACCAGAUCCAAGGCUAUCAGUCUUUCGGGACCAGAGGUCUACCCCCGAGUUGCAGGUGAAACAGGAGGAUGUGCACUCAGAGUCCCCAUCUUCUAGUGUUGGUCCUAAAACUACUCAGUCUCUGCCUGUGUCCUCCAGAGAUGAAAGCUUUCCAACCAGGAAACGACUAGCUGACACGUCUAUUGAAACGCUAGUCAAGCCUUGCUCCAGCAGCCCCCAAAUUAGGGACCAAUUACCAACCAAACGCACAUGUAGCUCACUGCAGCCCACCAUCAAAUCAGCCUCCAAGUUCACUCUUAACCCCGCUGAAACCUCUACCGUCCUGUGCCCUAAGGGCAAAGAUGCCAGGCCCAUAUCUGUCGAACAAGUCGUAUCCAGUGUGGAACCGGUACAGUUUAAGGACCUAAUUGCUCUGAUGAGAGAGGUGAAGUCGGAGAAGGAUGUAUCCCCUUGCACGUCAGGUCCAGAUAAUCCUAGGACGACAGUCUCCUGUGCUGGCAAUUCAUUUGAAGGUGGCAUGGAAGCAAGAUGGGAUUCAGAGUCUGUGCAGUCUAAAUCUAUGAUGGAAACAAACCAAAACAGAUGGGAUUCAAAGUCGCUGUCGAUUGAAAAUAAAGUGACAAAUAAUCCACCCUUCUCUCAGUCAUCCAAUAGGAUAUUUUCAGCAGCGGCUCCUGUGGUCUCGACCAAUGAGAGCCAACCCAUUUACCCUACUGCCACGGGCAGUUCUUUUGUCAGAGGGGCUGAAGCCAAGGCGGUGGGUACCAUGAUGCCUGCCACUGCAGACCCCAGUGCCCCACAGCUGACUGUCACGGCUCAGUUUGAAAAUGUAAGCCAGAUACAGGCCACUAACAUCCGCUGUGUGGUCUCCAACCCUAGCCCAGUACAGACGCCACAGCCAGAGACUGCUAACACUGUGGAUCGUCAGUUGCCCAUUAACGCCAUUAUAACCCCCAGACGGGACCCCGCUAACAAGAACUUUUCAGGCAGCUAUAUCGGACAGGACCACGCUGAGGUCAUCACAGGCCAUCAGGUUGCCGACAGUUUGUCAACAGUUGCAACAGCAAAUCCCACUGAUGCACUGGCUGCUUCAGGAGGGUAUGGUCCGUACAGCCAAAUGCCUCACAUCACAAAUGUGCACGUUUCAGGUUUUCCUCCUUAUGUUGCAGGCUACUCAAUACCAGACAGCCCUCCUGUCACUGAGAACUUAUACCGUCAUGAAGCAUACACGCCUAAUGUUUUAUUCCAGAGCCAGAUUCAACCAAAGCAGCAAGCAAACUACUUUGGACACUUGCCAACUCCAAUAAACCAAGAAUGCGUGACACUCGAGAUGCAGCAGCUAAUCCAGCAGCAGGAACUAAACCACCAGCGGAUACUGCAGUUAAUGCAGCAGCAGCAGCAGCAGCAGCAGCAGCAGCAGCAGCAGCAGCAGCAGCAGCAGCGGUACUCCCCAUGGACAGGUGCCGUUCCUGACGUUGGCACCGGAGCCAAUGACGCUGCUUACUCGAGCACUGUUGCAUUAACCCCUCCAGCUGACGGACCACUAACAUUAGUUGACCUGAACAACUACAGGCUCAACAGAAUGGCUCUAUUGCAGAAUGGCAACAACACAAUAACACAGUUCUAUCCCAGAGUUUAUCUCAGCCCUCCUGCUGUUUAUCCUGGAGGUCUUAAUAUGAACUAGGUGUGUGUUUUUUUUUUUGUUUUUUGUUUUUUUAUGGUGACUAUAAAGACCUUUCUACUUUGAAUAUUUUACCUGGAUGGUGACAGAGGAUAUACACUUUCAUGAUCAAUGACGCCUCAUCAGGGCAUAACUGAGUAGCUAAAGAACAAAAUCGGGAGACUGGACUCAGAGAACCACUUCUUUUUUUCUACCAAAAAUAUUCCUGUUUGACAUUGUUCUAUUUUUUCAAUUUCAUUUUGACAUCUUGAAAACAAUGACGUGUGACUUGUUUUACUCGUUACAAUCACACUUUCCUUAUACACCUGUAGCCUAGCUCAGCUCUGGUUUUAUUUUAUUGAUGUUUGCUAUUCUGUUGCUAUAUGUUUUUUUUUUAUAAGGUGUAAAAUAAUCCUCAUUAGUAUUUGGGGGAACUUGUUACAUUAUCUUUUGUUGUGUGUGUUCACAUACACACAGCGUUGUACGUUUAAGAGUUCUGCAGUAUUACCUCCGUUGUGAGGAUGUGUUGAUGCCAGUCAUCUACUGUGAUUUUUGUAAUUGUUUCAUUGUCAUAUGUUCUUUUUAAUAAAGUUCCUUUAACAUUGA